CUCAGGUCACAUUAUCAUUCUCGGCACUAAUAACAACCUCUGCAUGUGACAGUAUGGCUGAUGACCCCCAAAGAAAUUUCCGCUCUGCCUAUUAUGAGAAGGUGGGCUUUCGAGGAGUGGAGGAGAAGAAAUCUCUGGAGAUACUGCUCAAGGACAACCCUCUGGAUGUGGAGAAGCUGAGUACCUUCAGUCAGAGGUUCCCCCUCCCCUCAAUGUAUAGGAUCCAUGUGUGGAAAGUAUUGCUGGGCAUCUUGCCACCCCACAGUGAUUCUCACACUCUGGUGGGAGGGUACAGGAAGGAGCAGUACCAGGACAUUGUGGAGGCACUGGAGGUGAUGAGGUUUAUUAACUCCUCCACACUCACUACCCAGGUGUACUUGCGCAUGUUCCAGCUGGAGAACCAGGUGCUCCCACGGCGUUCUGAGAUUUCACCCCCGGGUGAGGAAGACGAGGACUUCCUGUCCAUUAGCAGAGCCAUGGAGGAGAUUGUAGAUGACCCUGUGGACUGCUAUUGGCUGAUCAAAUGCUUUGUUAAUCAGUUCAACAGCAAAUUUGGAGAUUCUUUACCCCAUCUGCCCAAGAGUCUGGAGCACUAUCUGAGCCAGGAGGAACCUCGGCUCCUGAACCAUCUGAAGAAUAUUGGUGCCUUGGCACGGCUGCCUUACAGUCUCUGGUUCAGAUGCUGCUUUGCUGGCUGCUUGCCUGAAUCUAGCUUGCAGAGGGUGUGGGAUAAGGUGAUCAGUGGCUCCUGUAAGAUCCUGGUGUUUGUUGCCUUGGAGAUUCUCCUCAGUUACAAGAUAGUGCUAAUGGGCAUUAACCGACCAGAGGGUGUUGUCAACUUUCUGCGCAACGUACCACAGGAAAACACAGAUGCCAUCGUGACCAAAGCCAUUGACCUGUGGCACAAAUACUGUGGGACACCGAUGCAUUCUGUAUAGCGUUGUAGUCUACUAGAUACAAUGGAGAUCUGCUACCAGAGAUGAUGCGUCUGCCUGGAAUGUCGCUGGCCUCGACUCACCUUUACCUCAGCUACGAGAGAAAAUUAGGUCAGCGGGAGACAGAAUCCAUGACGCUUUGACUCUGAAGGACUGAAGUGAACUGACCUACACUUCAAUUCAACACUCUAAUUCAAGAAGUACUUCUUCACAUCGAGAAGAGUCAAUACACAGCCUUCCCAAAGGAUGAAAGUGUGUCAUAUUAAUAAAGGGAUUGGAGAAAGCAUGCUUGAACGAUCAUCAAAAGGAGUUGAAUCAAGUGCAAGUGCAUCUUCACGGAUAUAUACCAAGUCCAGUUGCACUUGAUUCAACUCCUUUGGAUAACCAUGACCUGGAUGAAUGAGAACAUUCACAGACAUGCUUGAACGAUAAUAACCGGAUAGUUGCCGGACACCAGAAUUGAGUGCUCAAGCUUAUGAACUGUAUCAUCUAUAAAUGGCAGUGCAAUACAUGUUUGUAAAAGGCAGGCAAGCAUAAUUUUUAAUAUUUUUUAUACAUUUCCUUCUUUAAGAAACUGCAUACAUCAGAACACACAAUAAAUUAAUCACAUGCAGUUUUCUGCUUUACAAAUUUUUUUUUUUAAAUGUCACUAUCUAUGAACAUAUUUUAGAAUUCUGAGAUUGACGUUUUAAUCAAAACUUUUGAACGGUACAAGUGACAUUUCUGACUCCUGUACACCAGCGCGCACACACUCAGUCACAUACAAAAAAGAUGACACAACAGGGCAACCGGUUCCCCGAUAACAUGAUCAAACCUCAAUUCAAUGGUGUAUGCACGGUAAACAAUUAUUAAAAUGAAAGGUGGCAAAGUUUCUGUAUUAUUUUGCGCUGCAAAGGUUCGUCUUAGUGUACAAGACAAACAAAAAACAGUCCAUUCACUCAUCAUUCAACAAAGAGCUCAGCAACAUUAUACUGUUGCUACAACAACGUACUGUAUCAAAUGCAACAAGUAAAUUUGGCAAUUGUGAAAUCCCUGUAAACAAUACUGUAGGCACAGUGACCCAGCGGGUUGCAGAACUCAACAGUUGCACAGGGAUGCAUUCAAGAUUACAACCUCCACAGCAUUUCAAGUUGCUUUGGUUUAGACUAGGGUAGCUCAGUUGAAACGUCCCAAGUUUUUGAGCUCUUGAAUGCAGCCCAUAUAUGGAUGAAGAAAUAAAAGGAAAAUCUGAAAUUAUUGCUGGAUUGGUAUUUGUGUACAUGUUUGAUUUUAAUUGGUAUUGCACCGAUUUUGUUGUGCAGAAAGCAUCUUUACUUCGAUUGGGAUCUUUUCAUAUGACUUUUUGGCUUAAAAAAUACAGCUGCCUUCAACUGCACAAGCUGUGGCGAGUUUGUGUACCCUUGUACAGUCCCCCGUUGAAUAAAAUUAAAAACUGGCCAAUGAAAAAAAAUCCCCCCACUGAAAAGAUGGAUCCAAUCAAGAGGGGAAAAAUGAAGUGACGAAAGGCAAGAAAACAACCCGUGUGCCUCAACUCUCCUUGUUCCCAUCCUCAAUUUCCACAUUUCAAAUUGGCACAAAUUCUGUAUCAGAAUUCCAAAAGCCCCGCUCCAUGUGCCAUCAAAAACGAAAGUGCAACAAAGUAAACAUAUCACAACCUCUAUCACUGAAAAAUGACAAAAGGCUGUUGGAAAACAAGACGUCUGUGAAAUCUCCACUGACGGGAGAAGUUCUGUCCACCAGCCUGAAAGUAUAUGGUCCUAUUCCCU